ACUCCCAGGCACACAGCUCUGCAACCACAGAACAAAGAUAGAGAGCCAGGCUAUUAGGACCAGGCAACACACACACAAACACAAAGGAGAUACUGGACAGAGCACAGAGCAGACUGCCAACAUGAGGGUGCCUCUGCUUUUCUCUGCCUUUCUGUGGUUUGUGUCCGAAGCUCAUGUAAUCCACCUUACCGAAAUGUUUGGAGAGAUCAGAACACCCAACUUCCCAGACUCGUAUCCCAGUGACUCUGAAGUAACAUGGAAUAUCACAGUCCCUGAUGGAUUCAGACUGAAACUCUAUUUCAUUCAUUUUGACCUGGAACCUUCGUAUCUCUGCGAGUAUGAUUUUGCCAAGGUGGAGUCUGAAGAACAGAUCUUGGCCACGUUCUGUGGGAAGGAGAGCACUGACACGGAACUGGCUCCUGGACAACAGGUGAUUACGGCACCUGGAAACUUUCUGAGUCUUACCUUCAGAUCAGAUUUCUCCAAUGAGGAACGGUAUACAGGUUUUGAUGCCCAUUAUAGUGCUGUUGAUGUUGAUGAGUGCACUGAGCGGAGUGAUGAAGACCUAAUGUGUGAUCACCACUGUCACAAUUAUAUUGGUGGCUUCUACUGCUCCUGCAGAUUUGGUUAUCUGCUCCACACAGACAACAGAACCUGCAAAGUCGAGUGCAGUGAUAAUCUGUUUACCCAGAGGAGUGGAAUCAUUAAUACUGCGGAUUACCCCAACCCAUACCCCAAGAGCUCUGACUGUCUGUACAAAAUUGAGCUGGAGGAAGGCUUUGUGAUCAAUAUCCAUUUUGAUGAUAACUUUGAUAUUGAGGAACACCCAGAUGUUUCGUGUCCUUAUGAUUACUUACAGAUCAAAGCAGGAAGAAGGGAGUUUGGACCCUUUUGUGGAGAGAAAUCACCUGGAAGAAUAGAAACAGGAAGCAACAGUGUUCAGAUUCUUUUCCACAGUGACAAUUCUGGGGAGAAUACAGGAUGGAGGUUGACGUACACGGUCACAGGAACCUCUUGCCCAGAUCUAAGACCUCCGCUAAAUGGACAAAUUGAACCCUCUCAGUCUAAGUACACAUUUAAAGAUCAGGCUGUUAUCAGCUGCAAGCCGGGGUACCGUGUACUAAAAGACAAUGUGGAAAUGGACAGUUUUCAGAUAGAAUGCCAGAAGGAUGGUACAUGGAGUAACAGGAUCCCGACAUGUCAAAUUGUUAACUGUAAGCUGCCGAAGGACCUAGAGAAUGGAUUGUUCACUUUCCCUACAGCUGAAAACAUCACUACAUAUCAAGCUACACUUCAGUAUUCCUGCCGGGAACCUUACUACGAAAUGGUGCCAAAUAUCACGAGUCUGUAUACUUGUGAUGCUCGUGGUACAUGGACCAAUGAUGUGCUGGGUGCCAGGCUUCCAAUGUGCCAGCCCGUAUGUGGAAAACCAACCCGACUACUCCCAGGAAUAAUCAAGCGUAUCAUUGGAGGGCGUAAUGCAGAGCCAGGAUUCUUCCCAUGGCAGGUUCUGAUUGUGGUCGAGGAUAUGUCCCGUGUUCCAGAAGACAAAUGGUUUGGUAGCGGGGCCUUACUUUCUGACUCCUGGGUGCUGACAGCUGCUCAUGUCUUAAGGUCUCAACGCCGGGACAAUACAGUUAUAUCUGUCUCCAAGGAACAUGUUACAGUCUACCUGGGUUUACAUGAUGUAAGAAGUAAGACAGAUGCCAUAAACAGAACCAUAGAAAAGAUUAUAUUACAUGAAGAUUUUGACCCAAAGAUUUAUAACAACGAUAUUGCUCUGGUGAAGUUGAAAGAGAAAGUAAGAAUGAAUCAGUAUGUAAUGCCAAUAUGUCUACCUCAGUUUGAGCAUGAAUUAGAAGGCCCUGAACCCAACACACUUGGACUUGUAGCUGGGUGGGGCAUUUCCAAUCCUAAUAUCACAGUUGAUCAAGUUAUCAGCUCCGGCAUGAGGACACUUUCUGAUGUACUCCAGUAUGUCAAGUUGCCUGUAGUACUUCACACAGAAUGUAAAACAAGCUAUGAGUCACGCUCAGGAAAUUACAGUGUUACCGACAACAUGUUCUGUGCUGGAUAUUAUGAAGGUGGAAAAGACACAUGUCUGGGUGACAGUGGAGGUGCUUUUAUCAUUCAGGACAUUGACACCAAGAGAUGGGUUGCUCAGGGUCUAGUGUCAUGGGGAGGGCCUGAAGAAUGUGGAAGCAAACAAGUGUAUGGAGUGUACACAAAAGUAUCUAACUAUGUGAAUUGGGUGGAUAAUAAGUUAAUGACAUAAAGAAACUGACCCCUCCACAUAGAUUGGCAAUUCAGGAAAUUUUUGCCUCAUUAUUACUCAAUGAAUGGUCUCUAAACUGCGCAUUUAUCAGGAGGCAAAUAGUAGCCGAAAACAACAAGUUCUACCAGGAAGAUGUGUUUCAAGAAAAUAAUAUAUGUAAUUGUUUUAUUAUGCCUACAUGGAAUUAUUAUUGUUAUUAUUUCUAUAAUAUGUUUUUAAGAUAAUUUGUUGUUGUUGUUUAAGCAAUUUAUUUUUGUAGCUGAAAGUGUUGUAUUGCUGAUAUCUAUGUAUGCAAAUUUCUUUAAAUCAGCCAGCAAAUAAUCUUUUCAUUUUAUUUAUGGUAUUUUGAUUUAUUUAGGGAAAAGGUGAUUUUGCUGUUGAACAAAGCUGAGCAAAUAUCAAGUUUAAAAGAAUAAAUUUGCUGUGUGGUGUUCUGCACCAGAUAUUCAGUCGGUCCUUUUUUUUUCUAAUAGUUUUUCUGUCCCAUGUAGAAAUUAAAUUGAAUGCCAUGUAAACAGCAGCUUG